AUGACGAAGAUUAGUUUCGCAUCUGAACUCUGGGGGCUACAAAAAGGCCUCCGUUUAGCAAAGCACCAUGAUUUCGACCGAGUGGAGACAGAAACUGAUUCGUUGGCGGUUGUUCAAGCCCUAAGCAAGAACGCUGAGACAACCGUGGAGGUUGAUACUCUCAUUAACGACUGUAAGACCCUUAUGCAUGGUUUUUAUGCUUUUGAGUUCAAACACAUCUUUAGAGAAGGGAACCAGUGCACAGACUACUUCGCAAAUAUGGGCCAAGACUCCCAGUGGGCCACUAAUAUCCUCCGGCACCCUCCUGAAGAGAUCAUCCAAAUGCUGAAUCGUGACGCUAAUGGCAUAGUUGUGAGAAGAUUUUAUUAA